UAUUUCACUGCAAAGCACCAACUAAAACAUUCCAUCUUUUAAAUAUCCCAAAAUGGGUUCUAAGGCAAUUGCAAGCACCGCUCUUCUUCUUUCACUUAACCUUCUCUUCUUCACUUUGGUUAGCUCAACCCAUCAUUAUGUCCCAUGUCCUCCAACCCCAAAGCCUCCAAAACCGCAUCCAAAACCACCAGCAGUUUUGCCCUCUUGCCCAAUUGAUACCCUAAAGUUAGGUGUAUGUGCUAACUUAUUAAACGAUUUGGUGCACCUUGUUCUGGGAACCCCACCAAAGACACCAUGCUGUCCUCUCCUUCAAGGCCUUGCUGACCUUGAAGCUGCCGUUUGCCUUUGCACUGCUCUUAAGGCUAGCGUUUUGGGCCUUAAUCUUAACGUUCCUAUCUCCUUAAGCUUGCUUUUGAAUUACUGUGGACAAGGUGUUCCUGCUGGAUUCCAGUGUGCUUAACUAGCAUGGGAAAAUUAAUAUUUCUAGUUUCUUUUUUUGGUUUCAGGGCUUGUUGGGAUUCGUUUUUCAUAUAGAUGAGGUGAAAUGUCUCUGUCACCAUGCAUCUAGCUAAUGGGAAAGAAACAAUAUAUGUUCACCAUUAUUCAAUAAUGCUUUGAUGGGAUCCUUAUUUUUGUUUCUCUCUCUAAGUUUAAAUGAAACAGAUAUUUUCUUCUUAUUA